AGGUUUGAGAAGAGUUGGUUUCUACUCCAUAAACGAACUAAAGAUUGUGCUCAGGUUGCAGAGUCUGUAGAUGGUGACAUAGUGAUGCUGUCAGCCCACUGGGAGAGAAGAAAAGCCGCUCUGACGAACCUCCAGGAACAACUGCAGAGCCUACCAGAUUUCAUCACUGAACUCGAUGCCAUUACUGCAAACAUAGCUCACUUGGAAGGUGAAUUUGAGGAGAUGGAGAGCAGGCUGCUGUAUCUGGAGACUCUGUGCUGUCAGUGUGAGCAACAGACCGUAAAAACUCAUCAUACCAACCAACUGGAAGAGUACAGAAAGAAGAAAAGGUGUGACGUUAUUUCUGACCCGUUUAGAACUGAAUUGAACUCUGAACAUGCACAAAGAGUUGCGGAGUUGGAGCUGGCUAUGCAACAGAAACUAAGAGAACGACAGAAGGUCUACGAGAAAGCAUUCCACCAAGAUGUAGAGAAAUAUCUUUCCACUGGAUGCCUACAGAGCAGAGCAUCAGUGGGGGUUGAUACGGCCGCCCUGGAUCAAAUGGCAAUCGUUAACUUAUCAGACCAGGAGGCCUUGGAUGACUUUCUGAAUUCCAGCGGUGAAGAUUCGAGUUCUGGAUCAUCUCUUACUUCAGGUCCAGACCUUCAGUCAUCCUCUUUGGAGUCCUUGAAUCAGAUUUCCCCCACAAACACCGGUCAGUUAACGGAGGUUGCAGAGUGGCAGCAGGAAGAAGGAGCCAGUGAGGAGGGUGAAAAGCCCCUGGUACAAUCUGAUGAGGAGGAUGUACAGGCAGACACGUCCCUGGUUGCCGUCCAGGACAUCCCUGCGUCCUCGGGCUCUGAUGAGAGUGACUCUGCAGGGGACAAACCCUCUGAGUGAUGCUGAAGUUACACUGAGAGCAAACAUCCUAAUAUAAUUCUUCAAUAAACACUUCAGCUUCUGCUCCUG